AUGAAUAUCACCAAGCACAAUCACUUCGUCUACAAAAGUACUUCUCAUCCAAGACCAACUCUGGUUACCUGGCAAUCGCUACGACAUCAUUCGUCUCUGGUUUCCAGGCACCCUGAUGCUUCUUCCGAGCACCAUCAGAAGCAACAGCAGUCACAUCUCCACCGCAUAUCAACCGUGAACCUCCUUCGAAAUAUCUUUCUCGGCAAAGUGUUCACCUCUCCGUUCUUGUUCAAAUAUGGCGUGGCAUGUCUGUCAAAGAUAGCAAACUCUCGAUCGGCGAUCUUGGAUCCAGACAAGAAUGCAUUGCUACGAGCAUUGAUCAAGCCGAUGGUAUACGAUCACUUUUGUGCUGGCACGAACAAAUUGGAGAUCAAGAAGACACUGGACUAUCUCAAAAUCAUGGGCUUCAAAGGCGUUAUUCUCAUCUAUUCCAGAGAGAUACCUGCUAUGCCCGUAGAAGCACUGAAUGAGCUGGAACCACUGACUCAAGAUGAAGAUAUUGAUAUAUGGCGAGACGGUAAUGUGAAAACGUUGGAUAUGGUCGAGCCGGGCGACUAUGUAGGCAUAAAAUUCACCGGCGCAGGUCCUCGAGUCGCACAGGCACUUGCUCAAGACAGAGAUCCACCACAACAACUCUUAGACGCCAUGUCUGCUAUCUGCGAGCGUGCAGCAGCCCAAGGAAGCCGCGUAUGGAUCGACGCCGAACAACAAGUCUUCCAACCCACAAUCGACCGCUGGACCGUCGACAUGAUGCGUCGCUUCAACACAAACGGCCAAGCUCUGGUCUCGUUGACCCUACAAGCCUACCUCAAAUCCGCCAGAAGCACAGUCAAGAACUUGCUACAACAAGCCCACGCUGAGAACUGGACCCUCGGAAUCAAAUUAGUCAGAGGCGCAUACAUUGGCAGUGAAAAUAGGACAUUGAUCCACGAUACCAAAAUUCAGACGGAUGGAUGCUACGACGGUAUCGCAGCAGAUUUACUCACCAAAUCCUUCCCUGGUUUCGGCAAGCAAAAUUUCCCUAAUGUUGAGUUAUUCCUUGCUGGUCAUAACUCCGAGUCCAUCCGUAAAGCCUAUACACUUUACAAGGGUCUGUUGCAGAAGGGCGAAACACCUUCACCCAUCAAGUUUGGACAACUACUCGGUAUGGCCGACGACAUCAGCUGCGAAUUGCUAGCCAUGGGCGAGAAAGCAGGACAGCAAGUUGAGAAAGAUGCUUCUGCACCAAUGGUCUAUAAAUGCAUGAACUGGGGUAGCGUGAGAGAAUGCAUGCACUAUCUGGUUCGCAGAGCGACAGAAAACCAGAGUGCGGCAAGCAGAAUGGAAAGUACAGUUGGAGUCAUGCAGAAAGAACUUCGUCGACGCAUGGGCUUUUGA